UUCAGAAGCUACCACGAGGCUCCGAAACCCGUACGGUGCUGCGUAGUCACAGCUUACACCUUCUAGACCCGAGCCCAAUGCCGUUCCUUGAAGAUAUAUAAAGACCCCUCAUGCAACCGAGUCGUGGCAUUUUGACUUUCAAUCACAAUAAUUCUGGCAACCACCAACACCUCAUCUUACUAUGGAAGAACCCGCCUACAACCCUGACUCCCCCGCGGCAACCACCACCAUCGUCUACCAGUACAAACUGGUAAACUGCCCUGGGAAAACCAUUGUCGGCUCGCUUAUCGAGUAUCCUCCGAACGGCGCGACCCCUCCGCACCGCCACGGAGGUGCGUCUGUUUCAGCCUACGGUAUCCGCGGAUCUAUUUUGAACAAGAUGAAUGAUGCUCCGAUGAAGGUUGUAGAGCAGGGAGGGUCCUGGUACGAGGCGCCAGGGUGCCACCACCGCAUCAGCGCCAAUGCGAGUGCCACCGAGCCGGCAGCGUUUUUCGUCACUUUCUUGGUGGACUCGGACCUGUUGCAGACGCAGGGCCCGUCGGUGCUUGUGCAGAUUGACGAGGAGUAUAGGGAGGCCUUUUUGAGGAAAAUGGGCCAGUAGGCGGGUCGGCCCAACUUAUGGGAUCUACAAAGGUUUAUUUGUUUGGAUUCCUAGUCUGUGAAUUCUGAU